GCGCAGCGGAGGGCGGCGCGGGCGGCAUGGGGACUGCGGCGGCGGCUGCGGCGGCCGGGGAGGGGGCGCGCGGCCCGAGCCCCGCCGCCGUGUCGCUCGGCCUGGGCGUGGCUGUGGUGUCGAGCCUAGUGAACGGGUCCACGUUCGUGCUGCAGAAGAAGGGCAUUGUGCGCGCUAAAAGGCGAGGUACUUCCUACUUAACAGACAUCGUGUGGUGGGCUGGCACAAUUGCAAUGGCUGUUGGCCAGAUUGGAAACUUCCUGGCUUACACUGCAGUUCCUACAGUCCUGGUGACUCCCUUGGGUGCCCUUGGAGUACCGUUUGGGUCUAUUUUAGCUUCUUAUCUUCUGAAGGAAAAGCUCAACAUCUUGGGCAAGUUGGGGUGUCUGCUAAGCUGUGCAGGUUCUGUCGUGCUGAUCAUCCAUUCCCCAAAGUCUGAGAGUGUGACCACUCAGGCUGAGUUGGAGGAGAAGCUGACCAAUCCAGUGUUUGUGGGCUACCUGUGCAUUGUGCUGCUCAUGCUGCUGCUGUUGAUCUUCUGGAUUGCACCAGCCCACGGGCCCACCAACAUCAUGGUCUACAUCAGCAUCUGCUCCUUACUGGGGAGUUUCACUGUGCCUUCCACCAAGGGCAUUGGGCUGGCAGCCCAAGACAUCUUGCACAACAAUCCAUCCAGUCAGAGAGCCCUCUGCCUGUGCCUGGUGCUCCUGGCUGUCCUGGGCUGCAGCAUCAUUGUCCAAUUCAGGUACAUCAACAAGGCCCUGGAGUGCUUCGACUCCUCUGUGUUUGGGGCCAUCUACUACGUUGUGUUUACCACGCUGGUCCUACUGGCUUCAGCCAUCCUCUUCCGGGAGUGGAGCAAUGUGGGCCUAGUGGACUUCUUGGGCAUGGCCUGUGGAUUUACAACUGUCUCCGUGGGAAUUGUCCUUAUACAAGUGUUCAAAGAAUUCAACUUCAACCUUGGGGAGAUGAACAAAUCCAAUAUGAAAACAGACUAAGAUGCAUCAAGGGAUGGGGGCUUGAGGAACAGGCAUUGGAGGGGGUCUGUGGUUCUUACUACAUGUCAAGUAGAAGAGCCUCUCAGUGAGAGUUGCCUGUGUACUACUAAUCUAGUGGACAAUGGGCUUUGCACCAGGGUGAGAGGUCCAGACCUCUGCAGCACAGAGCUCCCAAUAGUUGUUUGGGUGUAAACUCUCUGAUGAGACAAAUUCUGUAUUCAUUUCCAUUAACCUAGAGGCUUUCAUUAAUUACUUGUUUAAAACAUUUUAACAUGAUUUACAAGAAAAUAAGGAUGCGGUCUUUCUAGUUAGUCUUUGUAGGGGAGCAGAUGUUUUUAGAGUACCUUGGAAAAGGAAGUGAAAUCUGGCUCUGUACAGUAAACGUGAGUGACCUUGUACUUGUGUUAAGCAUGUAUAGCAUUCAGGUAUUUUACUCAAAUAAGUGGUAUGUGAAUCAAGUGGUUUUUAGUCCUUUAACAACCAGACUCUCCUACAUGUACCCCGAAGGUGAGGUAAGCAGAGAGAGAAGAGUUAAUGACAGUGACCCAGAGUUCCAUUGACAGGGUGACUUUUCGAUAGCUCAGAUCAAUUUUAGUGCCUUUAUCAUUUGAAUUAUUCACUUAAUUUAACUAUUUGUAUAUGUUAACUGUUCUAAUUACAGAUACAUAAAGCAGUUAGAAAAAUGUUCAUUGGAAGAUGGUGAAGACGAAAGAUACAGAAAAAUUUGAAAAGUGACCCAGUUGUAUAUUGUUGUCCAAUUAAAGACAACUGAUUAAGUACGAAGAGAUAUUUAAUUAUUUAAUUUGCAUUUAACCUCUGUUACUUGGAUCCAUGAUGAAAAACACCUGCUUUCUGUUUCAGGCAGUACUGUGUCCAUUCAGAAGAAAUAAACUGUUGAACUUGACACUAAGGUUGUUACCUUAGAGGAUGUGUCUUUAGUACACACUGCAGUUUAGUAAAAGCGCCUGAAUACAGGAGUACAACUUAGGACUGUUUCUACAGAGUGUCAUGUGUACUUUCUAAGGGAGUUUCUAGCAGAGAUGAAAACAAUGUAGCCUUUUUUGAAAUGAUAGAACCUUCUGUACUUUCUUACUGAGCCUCUUUCUAAACCUUCUGACUAUAUGCAAGGUCCUGGGCUUGAUACCCAGCAUCAACCAGAAACAACAAAACAACCUUCUUAAAUGGAAAAUAGUUCUUAAUCCUGCAGUAUCAGUACUUUAGAUCAGAAAUGAUCCUUCUAUCCAUAGUAACCUUCCUGUGCAUUAAAUUGGAGUAAGGUACAAGGUGACACAAUAUAGUAUCAUAUUAUGAUAUACCGUAUUAUGAUGUUGUGUAUUCCACCUGUUUUGUUUUAUCUGAGUGGAAUAGGCCAAGUUAAAAUAAAUAGGGUUGGAUAAAUAAGUUAGGUGAGGUAGAACAUAAUUUUAAUAAUACCCAAUUAAACUUCUUACUAAGAAAAAAGUGUGCUUUUCCAGAUAGAAAGGGCAUUUUUAAAGUAAAGAUUCAAAGAAUAGCCAGAUGUUGGUGGCAUAUGCUUUUAAUCCCCAGAGCCAGGCAAGCCUCUGAGUUUAUGACCAGCCUAGUUUACAGAGCAAGUUCCAGGACAGCCAGGGCUGCACAGAGAAAACCUGUCUCAAACCUGCCCUCCCCAUAAAAGACCAAAUGAUAGUUCACUGAAGUGUAGAAAAAAAAAAGAGUAAGUAAAAUACUAGUUUAGCAUAAAGGAAUCUAGUUUCUGGCCAUUUGUCAGACUCAAUAAAUUGAAAGCAUGAAUGAUGAUCUUGGUGUAUCAGUCAGUAAUUUGUGAAGAAGAGCAACAAAGUGAUUUAAACCAUUGAAAACCUUGCAUAAAGUGGUAAAUGGUCACGUUCAUUCUUCAGUUGAUCAGCUCUUGAUUUUUUUUUUAAUCACUAGUAUCUUUAGGAAUAUAAAACUUAAUUUAUUGAAUAGAACAUAAGUGGAAAGUGUUAUGCAGCAGGAUCGGUAUAAUUUUAGUACAAAGGCUUCUGAGGUAAGAAUAUAACUAUACUAGUACAGUCAUGAAAUUUAUAGUAUGGAAAUUACCUUGUUCAUUUUUGCUGCUUACCGUGGAACUUAGUUUAAAUGCACCUGUUGGUAUACCUGAAGUUUUGAUCCACAAUUAAACCAUGAAUAUCCAGAGGCUAA